UCUCACUUGCUUCCGUUUUCUUGUCUCUCUCGAAUCUUUGAUUAAAAGGACAACCUUGUUGUCUUUCUUUGAUUCAAAACAUUCACAUAUAUUAACCUCUCUCUUCUCUUUUGUCACUUCAGUGUAAGAACAUGGAGGGUGGAGAUAUAAACAAGAGGGCAGAGAUCGAUACGAGGGCGCCUUUCCGGUCGGUUAAGGAGGCCGUUAUGUUGUUCGGUGAGAAAGUUUUGGCCGGCGAGCUCUACGCCAACAAGCCCAAAGAGAUGCAGGGCAGAGCAGGUGAAAACGGGCACAAACCAUCGAAGCUCGGAACCAUUACAGAAGAGCUGGAGGAGACGAAACAAAGCCUUGAAAAAGCUAAAGAAGAGAGCAUGGUAAUGGCAACUAGUCUCUCUUCUCUUCAACAAGAGCUCGAUUGGACUAAGCGGGAACUCCAGCGACUCAAGCAGCACGAAGAAGUACCGAUCAAACCAGUAAUGGAGACAGAGAUUGAAGAUGUUCAAGUCGUGGAAGAAGAAUCCAGAAAAUUUGAAUUGCCAAGAACACAAAUGAACGUUGAUUCCAAUGAAGGAAUUGAGUUUCAGAAGAAGAAAUAUGUGACUUUUGCUAACCAUCCUUCCGUGGCACAAGUUAUGAUACCACCAGAAGGUGUUGAAGUGCUGGAACGACGCCGUUCACUUGGAACGAAAAAGAAGAAGCCUUUGAUUCCUCUCAUUGGAGGGAUCUUCUCUAAGAAGAAAGGAACUACUACUGAAGUUGCAUUUAACUAGAUUAUUAAUUUCAUCAUUUAAAACGGACCGUGUCGGUUUCGCACUCAAUAUCAAAAAAAAAAAAUCGAAACCGACCAUAAACACCCUAUAUAUUUUGUACAAUGUGUUUGAAAUGCCAAGAAUAACAAACAGAUGUAUAAUUGACCUUUUGUCUACUCGUAUGAGAAUAAUUUGCGUUUGUAA